AUGAUAGACCCGCUGAGCCUCGCUGGGUUGACGAUAGCUGUUCUGGAGCAGCUGUGGAAGCUUGGAGAAAAAACAGCCGAGCUUGAGACCCGAAGAAUCCAAAAUGUGAUAAAAGAUGAGAACAACAGGACAAGGGCUUUGAGAUUAUUACUUUUUGAGAGCGCAGCGGCCCAGCCUUACGGAGGACAAACUUUAUUCGAUCAGUUCGAUGGAGAAAUCCAGAACCAAAUUCAGAUAUUCCUCGAGGAGCUUGUGGGUGUCAUCGAAGAAGCCUACCAAAUCCUGAAGCGACGCCAUGGAAGCCUGCCUAAAGCCACGGCCGUUGAAUCGCAGUAUUCUCUCGUUAAACCCUCAAACAUAUCAAGAUCUAGCACUCUCGUAUCUUGGAAAUCGUCCGACCUCUCGCUCAAGUCUGUCAAAUCUGUUCACCGUUGGAGAUGGACUCUGCUCGAUAAGAAGCGAGUUGCUACCGUCAUCCGGAAUUUCAGUAGCCUUAACGAUCGGAUUCACGAUAACAUCAAGCUAUGGUGUCUUAGCACUUCGAUUGGCGUCGAUUUGCAGCAUCUGAAGCGGCUCGAGGACGAUGAGAACUCGAAGAAACUUGGAUUCGACCUUGACGCCAAGCUCCACCUAGCAUCAGCCGACUCUGCGGUCCACAACGAGAGCAUGGAGCUUCGCGAUAGAUCUCUAUUCUCCAUCUUUGACUGGGAUGGUGUGCAAGCGCUCGUAGAGUAUCGGAAGUACGCCCCGGAAGCAUCAAUAUGCGUCGAUUUGGACGACUGCACGAAAGGCAGGGUUGAGCACCUAGCUCGCCUUCUGCAUCAACCAAAGGAGCAAAUAUUUAGGACACUGUCCUGCAAGGGAUGGAUCCGGGAUCCGCUGCAAAACCAGAUUGCCUUCGUAUUCACCGUGCCGAAUGCCACAGGCACGCCGUGCAGUCUUUUGAGAGCCAUCAAUACUCCGGGCCAGAAGCCAAUGCUCGGGCAGAAAUUCCGACUUGCUCAUGAGCUGUCUCGGUGUAUCUCGCAAUUGCAGCUUGUCAAAUGGGUCCAUGAAAGCUUCCGGAGAGGCUCUCUACUCAAUCCAACUAAACCAGACCGCCCUGAAGUCGACUUUUCUAAUGGGAUCGAGGAUAUCUGCCCGUCAAGAGACGUAUAUCGUCAUCCUGAACGGCAAAGAAAACCGACCCGGCCGUUUAGCAAGAUACAUGAUAUAUACGCGCUUGGAGUGGUGCUUCUCGAGAUUGGGCUCUGGCAAUCAGCGGUCUCUCUUGAUAAAGACCGGUUCGAGAGAGUUACGGAUCCCAUGGUGGUCCAGCGAUACCUCAUCCGACAAGUGGAGAAGCACCUUGAAUCUCGAAUGGGCGAAAGGUAUAAAACUGUCGUCCUCAAAUGUCUCUGCAACGAUUUUGGAGUCGUCAAUGAUACCAAAGAUGACAUGAAACUGCAACAAGCCUUUCGAACCAAUGUCAUUGACGUCCUAAGCCGGGCUGCUGAUAAUGUGUGA